UGGAGCCUACUAGUUGCUCGUGGAUAGUAAACCACUUUUGAGCUUUUUAAGUAUUAGUUUCUUUGUUGUAACAUCUCGGAAGAAUGAAAACCCGGGAUCCACCUCCGCCGGUUCACGUGCACGUACCGGAGACGACCCCUGUGCACGUGCACAUGAGGAGGAGUCCGAGCAGGACCCCGCAGAGUCGGACAAACGAUGCCCAGGUGAGGGGCGAUGGAGGGAGGCCGAAGGUGCGGACACCAUGGAUUCCUCCAGGAAGACUCUCCAGCAGGAGAGACGUGGACUCGUACAAGUGUCAGAGAAGCAGAGCGGGGCGUCGAUCGGAAAGCGGCGUCGGACGUCACCGCGACGAUGACGACGAGGAAGAAGAGCUCGCAGCGGUGUCCAAAAAUCUCAGCGUCCUCCUCAGAGAGCAAGACACCGGGCGCCAUCUGCAGAUGUCUGAUGCUCGGGGUCGACCCAGAGACACGGACGUGCUUCUGAGGGCGCUCGUGGAAACGGAAAUCGACGGCGUGGCAGUAGCCAAUCAGCUGACAGCCCUGAAGGACACCAUCGACAGCCUCGCUAAGGACAAGCGGAUGUCGAAGCUGCACGCGGCGUCUCUGGGCCGGCAGCAGGAGUCGCUGCUGGAGAAGAUCGAGAUGUUCGACGACACCAACCGGAGCCUGAGGGAGCUUCUCAGGGAGUGGAGCGAGCUAGAGAGGGAAUCUUUGCUGUGGCGGGAGCAGAAAGACGCCCUGAAGAAGAGACUGGCUGACAGGGAGGCAGAGAACAUGAGACUCUCGGCUAGACUCGCCCGCAAGGAGCACGAGGCCUCGGAGCUCACGGCGCAGUUGGACAUCGAAAAGAGGGAGGAGAGGUUGACCCGCGGACCUCUGGAGUCUGAGCUGAACAGAACCGAGGCCGAGCGAGUCUGGCUGGCCGCGCAGAUUCAGAGGAUGCAGCAGAGCCACGAGCGACAGCAAGAGCAGCUGCUCGCUCUGCAGGAGGAGCUGCAGACUGCGAGGCUGCGGGAGGAGGAGGAAGAGGAGGAGGCGCACCACCACCACCACCAGGAGGCGCUGGACCUGCUGACCCAGCAGGCCGAGCGAGCCCAAGAGUCCGCCAGGCAGCUCUCCGCAACACUGCAGGAGAAGGAGUCCCAGUUGGCUCUGACUCGGUCCACGUCCAGCGACUGGUGCCUCCGCCACUCCCAGGAGGCCUCGGCCAGAGGUCAGCUGGAGGAGCAGCGCUCCGCCCUCCAGCUUCAGGUGACUGAGCUAAACGCUCAGCUUCAGUCGGCAGAGGGGAGGAGUCGGGCGGAGAGGGAGGAGCUCCGGGAUCACCUCCUUCACAUCGGAGCUGAAAACGCCUCCACGGAGCUGGACAACCAAACACUCAGGGCUGAGCUGGCGUCCUCCGAGGAGAAGCUCCGCCUCCUGCAGUCUGAAGCCCGUCGGCUGAAGUCAACGAUCAAAAAGCACGAAAUCCUGGCGGAGAAACACAAGAUGAAGCUCCAGCAGGUCCGCCUGGAGUCUGAGGAGAACCGCCUGAAGCUGGAGGAGACGCGGGAGGAGGCGCGGGAGGAUAAGGCGAGCCUGCAGGUGGAGGCGGAGCGGGCGAGGAGGGAGCUGCUGGGCCGAGUCCGGGAGCUGGAGGCGCUGCCCGAUCGGCUGAGGAGGGCGGAGCAGCAGCUCCACGGCGCCCGGCAGGAGGCCGACGCCCACGAGAGGAGGAACGGGGAGCGCAGCGCGGCGCUCGCCGAGGUCAGACACAAGGUGGAGCAGCAAGGCGCUCAGCUGGAGACGUUCCAGCAGAGGAACGUCCUGCUGCAGGAGGAGAACCAGGUUCUCAAGGAGAAGAUACACAACGUAGAGAGGAUGCUGGAAGACACGAGGCUGGAGAACAAAGACAUGUCUCAGGCUCUCCCGCUGAAGGAGGCGGUGAUCCGCAGCGUCCAGCAGCAGCUGGAGGAGAAGACGCGCGAGUGCAACAUCACGUCCAGACAGCUGCAGCAAAGUCUGGACGACGCACAGAGACAGGUGGACGGCAGCAUGCACAGGGUUUUGGCCAAAGAGAGAGCGUCUCAGUCGAAAGCCUCGGACCUGCAGAGCCAGCUGAGCCGAGCCCAAGCGGAGCAGGGUCAGCUGCAGAGGAGCAAGGAGGAGAUGGAGCGUCGCUUCCAGAGCCAGCUGCAGAACAUGAAGGAGCGGCUGGAGCAGUCGGACUCCACCAACCGCAGCCUGCAGAACUACGUCCACUUUCUCAAAAGCUCGUACGGGAAAGUGUUCGGUGACUCGCUGCUCGCCAGCUGAGCCGCAGGCUUCCAUUCAAUAAAAACGUUACAUUAUA